AUAGCAUAAAAGCCGCACUACAUAUAUGCCAAAACCUGACAAUACAAAUCGGCCUUUGAUCCGAUCGGCCUUUAAUUAGUCCCACCAAGAUCCAAUUGAUUCAGCAUCAUAACGCCGAAGAUUCAUGCAGCAUAUAUGGUUCUUCCAUAGAGUUUAAACUAGUAUUCCACCUAAAUAGCUAGCAACGGUAUAUUCUUCCUCCUUGUUCCAUAAACCUCGACGGCAUCCACACCCGAAAAUUCCAUCGCCCUCCAAGAGAAGAGACCCAACCGUCCGUGGGCUGGGCUGGGCUGGGCUGCAUGUGGGCUAGCUGUGGCCCUAUAAAUUCAACAAACAAACCUGUAUAUGUUCAUCCAAACAAACAUAAGAAGAAAGAAAGAAAGAAAGAAAGAAGGCUGCAAAGACAUGGAGAUGAAGAAGGCCAUCGUUGUGGGGAUGUUGUUACUAUCUGCACAGCGGCGGCGGCGGCGGCACAUGACGAGUUACCUGAUCAUCGGUGCGGCAGCGCGUGGCCGUACUGCGACGGCGACCGUUGCUGUAGCAAGGGAGGAUACUGUGGAGAAGGCGCCCCGUACUGCUGUCGCUACUACUGCGCGUACAACUGCCCCGACCGCCCUCCGCCACACUGCCGCCCCGAGGCGUUUCUGUCGUCGACUAACUUGCAUUUCAGCAAUAUUACUGGUCAUAACUGAUGAUGUAUCCUCCGUCGGAAAAUGCCCACCAGCCCGCCGCCGGUGUGUUUCUGCUACGUCUACUUUGCUAUGCUAUACAAAAAAAUAUUGUGGUGAGUGUGAUAAACAAAUAAUAAAAUAAGAACCCAAUGACUUGUUGGUUCUCAGCUAGCUAGCUGCUACUUAUAAUUUUGAUUUCACAUUCUAUCCCAUGUUGUAACUUGUGAGUGUGUUUAAUUGGAACUUUUCGGACUUUGUUGUUUUUUGAAAAGGAAAAGAGAAUUUCCGGCUUGUUUGCUGGCUGCAGUACCCAGCUUCCGUUUCUGUGAUAUCAAAGUAUCGUCAAUCGAAAAGUAUCAUGGCGUGUUCGAAUCAUUCAAAUUGUGAAUUUUGACAAUUAGGUUAGAUAUACAUCAUGAUGGAUAUAUAAGUGCAACAUUCAAAGACAAUAAUCGAUAAAUCUCUUUUUUUUUAUUUGGGAGAGUGUGCACGAAAUCAAAUUCAUUACUAAAUUUUUUUAAAUAUAAAUGGUGUUAUGAAGAACUUUAUUUAUGGUCGCCACUUUGUCAUUUGUCAUUUUCUACCCUGCUCCUGCCUGUUUUUCCUAGACAUUAAUCCAAUCCAGAAAAAUACGAAAAUGCGCGGCAGCAAAUUCUUCAAAAUUUGGAUUCAUUCCUGCAAAACUUACAUUUAAAUGUGUGUGGUUUUUUCACCCUUUUCCCCCAAACUUAUAUUGUAAUGUUAUGGGUGUGUGCUUUCACUUCUUUUUCCACAUUUUCCUUAAAUUUAAGCAUAACUACGAUCAACCCUAAAACGCAUUGAUUAAGUAAAUGUAAAACUAGCUCUAAGUAAAAAGAAUUCAUUUACCAAUUUUUCAUUCAUAAAAGAAUAUAUUCCUAAAUUUAUACACGUGAUAGUCAUUUAUUAAAAUUCACUCCCUUCUAUAUUAGUGAACAAACUAUUCAGAGUAUUUUUUUUUUUUGCCGAGGUAGGUAAUGUAAUAGAUAGGGAAUUACAAUAAGUUGGAAAAUAAAUAAAGGUAAUCAGCCAAAUGCUGAUCCACCGAUGCAAGAGCCGUUUUCGCCACGCAAUGUGCAGCCCUGUUAGUUCUACGAGUAGAGAAAACAAAACGAACAAACGCGAACGAAGCUUGUAGUAGCCGAACUUCCUCAAGAAUUGCUCCGCCACGAUUAUGCUGUACGUCAUUCUCCGUCACUCGCCGGAUCACCAAUUGGGAAUCACCACAGAAGCAAAUAGAAGUAAUACCCCCGGAGUUAAGCACCAAUCCAUCGAAUCCCGUAAAACUAGAAGUUCCAACAGAAAAAGAUCUGUCAACCCUUGAGGCCGAAGCUGCAUUCCAUUCAUCCCUUUGCUGCAGAUAUUGGCGAUGGAGAGGACCUGAUAAGUACUGGAUUCUAUCAAAACACGACCAGCAUCGCGCCUUCCAUAUGCGCCAUAUAAUGAAUAGCAGUUCCGCCAUCUCAAAUUUAUCGAGCUGCAAUGAAUUAAACACAUACGACCAGGCCAAGUCAGGGGUCAAAGUAGCAAUAGCAGAUCGAAUGUGAUCUUUCAAUUGUAUUUCCCAUAAUAAUAAAAAAGACUUUACACAACACACCAAGUUUUUUUAAACCCUAAACCGAACCACGCUUUAGAAAUUUAAUAAAAUUACCCUAUCUUUCAAUUCGGGUGUAAACCAGUUCCCACAAAAUUAGUCGAUACAAAUGACCACAAUUUUGUUAAGGAUUUCAUAUAUAUACUAAUAAAAUCACUUCAUAUUUUAUGUUUAAUAUUCCAACAACAAACGCCAAAGUAAUUCUUUUUAACGGUAACUUAGAUGAGAGCAAGCUUCACCACAUGGAUGGAAUAUUGUUCAAAUAACUUAAAGCUAGCACUGAUGAAUGCACUUUACUUCAGUAAAAAAAAAUUGCACUAUACAAUGUUUCCAGAAUACACAUUAUUAAUGACA